AUCUACUGUAGUGAGGCGUGUGUAGAGCGUUUGUAAAUCGACGGUGUGACCAUGUCUGAAACCGCGCCCGCUGUUGCAGUGACAGCAGCUGCGGCUGCAGCUCCUCUUCCAGCUUCGAAAGCUCCAGCUAAAAAACCGAAGAAGGCGGCAGGAGGACUCAAAGCUCGCAAGGCCGCGGGUCCCAGCGUGACCGAGCUGAUCACCAAGGCGGUGUCCGUUUCCAAGGAGCGCAAAGGGGUCUCGCUGGCCGCUCUUAAGAAGGUCCUGGCCGCCGGAGGGUACGAUGUGGAGAAGAACAACAGCCGCAUCAAGCUGGGGCUUAAGAGUCUGGUGAACAAGGGCAUCUUAGUUCAUACUAAGGGUGUCGGUGCCUCGGGCUCCUUUAAGCUCGGUAAAAAGUCGGGUGAGACCAAGGAAAAGGCGCCCAAGAAGAAGCCAGUGACAAAGCCUAAGAAACCAGCGGCCAAGAAACCCGCCAGCGCCGCCAAGAAACCCAAAAAGGCUGUGGCCGUGAAAAAGAGUCCGAAAAAAGCGAAGAAACCAGCUGCAGCAGCCAAGAAAACGGUCAAGAGCCCGAAAAAGGUGAAAGCUGCCGCCAAGCCUAAGAAGGCAGCCAAGAGCCCGGCUAAGGCCAAAGCUGUGAAGCCCAAGGCGGCCAAGCCCAAGCCGACGAAACCCAAAACAGUGAAGGCUAAGAGGGGCGCGCCUAAGAAGAAGUGAAAUGGCGUGAGAUCUUUACCAUAAAAAACCCAACGGCUCUUUUAAGAGCCACCCAUUCUUUCCCAAAAGGAGCUGAAACUCUAGAUUCACUUACGUCAUGGUGCCUUUUCAGUGAAAGGCAGCUAUUCCCAUUUCGCUUAGCCACAUGAGAAUCACAGUAAAGAAAAGGCAAAUAGAAUACGUUUGUGCAUCAUUCAGAAGGAACAUGAAAGAGCCUCUGGAGAUAGUCUUUCUUUCUACUGUGUACCUUUCUUACUGUAAUUUUACCACUCCUGCUAGAAAUCAACCGGGGGGGCGUAUUUCAAAUCUAUUGGCAGGAGUUUGUUUAUGGAAAGAUAUUUACGAUCAUUACUCCUGUGUCAGCUUCAGUCUCUGUCGGAGGGGGAGGGAUAGAGAACAGGGUGUGAUCGGAAACGGCGAUUUAGAAACAAAAGUUCAUUUUCUGCCCUCUUUGAGAGUGGAUUUAAACCAGUUGUAGUUUAAAAAUCCCACUCUGUGCAAGGAUUGGCCAGUAACAACUAUUUUUUUCUUAAGGGGGAUUCAGUGUCAUAUAGACUCUCCGCGCAUUCGGGGUGGGCGAUCUUGAGAAAACGACAAAUUAUCUCCCAGGGAUUUUUAUUUGGUUUCCAGUCAGAUUAAUCGGCUGUUUUAUAUAUAUUGUUUCGUUCGUAACUGCAAAAAUAACCUGGAAAGGAAGAUGUGUGUAUAAUUUAUCAUUUUGUUAAUUUAAUACAACUCUCUCGUAAAUACCCUAAUGCACUUUCUAAAGGGUGCCGUUAAUGAUUGUUGCGAAAGAACAUAAAGGGAUGGAUACGUUAUUUUGCAUUAGCAUAUUUUCACUACACUCAGAGAAGGGACACAAGAAGCGAGACCCGUUCUUAAACCUCACUUUACUUCCUUAAUUUCCCUUGCCGGACAUCGUUGUGCUCUAACACACAACUUAAUAAAAGAACAGCGAAGAAA